UCUCUCUCACUCACACACACACACACACACACACACACACACACGCUCGCUGCAGCAAAAGCCACAAAUCACGGACUGGUACAGCACAGGACUACAGGGGAAAAGAACGUCAAAACAAGCGAUUGAUUGAGUUGUGAAUAAGCGCAGCGACCACAGAGGUGAAACAUGCAAUCGUGAUAGGUCGUAGCCUGAAGGGCUGAACCAAAAGGAACCAGGGAGUGAGAAGGGAUCGUUAGUAUUCCCACAGUGAGGAAACUGAACUGACUAUUCAAGAGGAGAAAGGGGUUUUGUAAGAGGGGGGUUGGAUGUCUGAGAGGGCUAAAAUCUGCUCUCCAACACCGAGAUAACAUGGGCUUGGGAAUGUUCUAGUCUUUAGACUCACUGCUUCUGCAAAGGACAGAUGCACAGCGAGGUGAAACAGGGGGCUGAAUACCAAUUACUACAGUAAAGACCGAAGACUGGAUACUGUCCUGGGAAAAGACUGAAACAAGUACUAAUUAGGUAAGAGAUGAGACGAGACGGAGGAACAUAAAUACUGCAAAACAGAUCGAAAUGUUUCACAAAUGCCACAUCUUCGGACCAUCUGGAAAACCUAAGCUUGAAAACCAUCUAGAAAACCUCGGGGCUUAUGCUUGAAAACCUAAUCAGAUUAUUUGGACUCACGCUCCAGUUAUGAGAACGAAUCGAUGGAUGUGGCAUCCUGAACAGCAUAAGCAGCAAAGUUCAGUCUGUGGAUAACCAGCUCAACAAUGCCUAAAUCCAACCCACAAAUACUACACCCAUUCCUGGCUUCACACAUUCACUCAAAAUCCUAUAGGAGACAAUUUCCAAAGCAACAAUCCUCUCUAAACAGGGCCCACCGGGAAGAAAAACAAACUAACACUGAACUUGAGCCGAAGGUGACCAGCCCAUCCCUGAGAAGCCCUCGAUACCCCCUGACCCCACAGACUGUGGUGUGGUGGGUCAUGGUUACCUGCUCCUGUGUGUUCCCUGCAGCGUUAGGCCCGGGUGCAGCCGUGUCUGCAGGCGAGACCUGGGGAAUGGUCUCAAUCUGCCCCUUCCACUGCGUGUGCCGAAACUUAUCGGAGUCUCUGAGCACACUCUGCGUCAACAAGGGCCUGCUGUUCGUCCCUCCCGACAUAGACCGGCGCACCGUGGAGCUCCGUCUGGCAGACAACUUCAUCCUGGAGGUGGGCAGGGUGGACUUCGCCAACAUGACCGGCCUGGUGGAGCUAACUCUGUCCAGGAACACAAUCCACGCCGUGCGGCCCCUGGCCUUCGCCGACCUGGAAAGCCUUCGCUCACUCCACCUGGACACCAACAGGCUGACUGUAGUGGGGCCCAGGGACCUGGCCGGCCUGACCAACCUGCAGCACCUGAUCCUCAACAACAACCAGCUGACGGACGUCUCCGCAGAGGCCUUCGACGACUUCCUGCAGAGCCUGGAGGACCUGGACCUGUCCUACAACAACCUGAGGAAGGUGCACUGGGAGUCCAUCCAGAACAUGGCCAGCCUGCACACCCUCAACCUCGACCACAACCUCAUAGACCACAUCGCAGAGGGCUCCUUCGGGGAGCUCUACAAGCUGGCCCGACUGGACAUGACGUCCAACCGGCUGCAGACGCUGCCCCCCGACCCGCUGUUCUCCCGCUCCCAGAUGGGCGUGGUCAGCCCGACACCCUACAAUGCUUUCAUCAGCUUGAGCUUCGGGGGCAACCCGCUGCACUGCAACUGCGAGCUGCUGUGGCUAAGGCGACUGACCCGGGGGGACGACAUGGAGACAUGCGCCACUCCCGUCCACCUGGCCGGGCGCUACUUCUGGUCCAUCCCCGAGGAGGAGUUCACCUGCGAGCCGCCGCUGAUUACGCGUCACUCCAACAAGCUGUGGGUGCUGGAGGGCCAGAGGGCCACGCUGAGGUGCCGCGCCAUCGGAGACCCCGAGCCGAUCAUCCACUGGAUAUCUCCAGACGACCGCAUCGUGGCCAACUCCAGCCGCGUGUUCUCCUACUACAAUGGCACCCUAGACGUGCUGGUGACGCGGGCCCGUGACGACGGAGCCUACACCUGCAUCGCCAUCAACGCCGCCGGGGAGGCUACAGCCCUGAUAGACCUGAAGAUCAUCCCCCUCCCUCAUCGCGGAAACAACACCGUCCCCUUCACCAACCCCCGCGGCGACCCGGGCUCCUCGGAUAUCUCCAGCGGGAGGACUGGAGGGGCUGGGUGGAACGGGAAGGCCGGGGGAGGGAUGACUGCCAAGAACGCCACAGUAGACGGGGACAGUGGAGAGGGGGGGGACGGAGACGCUGCAGAGCGUUUGGUGGGGGUCCUGGGGGUGACCGCCACCACCGCACAGGUGCGCUGGGUCCUGGGCCGGGCCACCGGGCCGUACCUGGUGUGGAUGUACCAGAUCCAGUACAACUGCACUGCAGAUGACGCCCUGGUGUACAGGAUUCUGCCUCCUACGAGCAACUCUUUCCUGCUGAAGAACCUGGUGUCGGGGGCAGACUACAGCCUGUGUGUCCUGGCCAUCUUUGACGACGGGCUGUCCGCCCUGGCCACCACCAAGGUCCUGGGCUGCACCCAGUUCAGCACCAAGGAGGACUACCCAGAGUGUCGUUCCCUGCAGGCCCACUUCCUGGGUGGAACCCUAACCGUCAUGGUGGGCGGGGUCAUCGUGGUGACCCUGCUGGUGUUCACGGUGGCGAUGAUGGUGAGGCACCGCGUCUGCGGAGACUGCAGAGAUGACGGUCACUACCCAGCCCACCACCAUCACCACUUCCUACCCUCCAAGGGCGGAGUGGACGUUUACGCUCAGACCAAUGGAAGCGGCGGCGUGAUGAUGGUGGCCCUACCCAACGGCCUCCUUCAACAGGCCAAGCCCCUGCCGUCGAAAACCAAACCCCCGGCCAAGACCAAGAACAGGACCCUGCCGAAGGGUGAAUCUGAACAGCUCAGUGGGGAGGGAAAGGCUGAGGGGUCGGUCCUGGAGGUGGCCUUGAGGGGGAAAACGCUCCCCCCUUUCAACCCCGACAGUGACAGGAUGACACUGUACUACGCCCCUGCCAGCACCUCCCAGACAUUACCUCAUCCCCGGGCUCACAAGGCCCUGAAACAGUCAGGCCUGCUGAAGCUCUGCAACACCGAGGACAAAAUGGUGGACAUCAGACGCAACCUGGACUCCGAGGCCCGGGGGGAGGAGGGGGGGUGCCUGAGGGAAUGGAGUAGGGACGAUCGCCAGCCGCUCGGGCCGACGCGCAGCUGCUCCUUUGACGUGGGCGAGAUCACCACGACAACCUGCUACGGAUACGCCAAGCGGCUGAGUGUGAUCUGGACCAGGAGAAGCCAGUCGGUGCACGGCAUGCUGGUCCAGUGCGCGACGACGGCCGGCUCGGCGAGCAGCGCGGCCGGCGAACACCGCCCCCCCGCCCUCACGCACCUGCACGUCUACAACACGUCCAACUCUAACUCCAACUGCGGCGGGGCCGCCAACGCCGGAGACCUGGAGGAGAGUGUGGUGUAGAGCGGAGGACGAACCAGGGGCCAAGUGAAGAUGACUGAAGCGGACCAAAUGGACAGGUGGACGUAAAAGACAGACGUUUGGUAUUAAAGACAGUAAAUGAAUUAGGAAAAAGACUAAGAAUAAAAGCACUUUUUGCGAAGGGAACACAGCACCUGGUGAAGGAGGCAACGCCACGUAGACUGUGGAAAAAUUGGAGUGACAACUAUUGUGUACAAAAAAAUUAUAAUAAUUAAGUAUAGGAAGUGUGCUUGGAGGCUGUGUGAGACUGACUACCCUAAGCGCAUGGGGAUUACAACCUGGGACUUCUGUUUCAACAAGAUAAAUUAAACAAUUAAUGAAUUACCACAGUAAAUAAAUAAACGGCUACUCAGA